AUGCAAGAUUCACCCCUCGCUGCCCCUUCGCGCCGUCUCACCAGGACUCAUGUCAGCCGUGCGGACAGCGAGCGGCGUAGGACAUCCCAGAAUAGGAGGCAGGAUCCCAUAUGCCAUAUUCAGCAGGGAGUGGCCGGCAUUAUCCUUGAUUACACCACUCCAUUCUGUACUGAUAUCAUGAACGCUCCCAAGGAGCCUAAAGUGAAGCCGCCAGCUAUUGACGCCUAUGACGGCACGUCUGACCCUGAUGUGCAUCUCUUGGCCUAUCGGCACCAUAUGUAUGUACAAGGAACCACCGAUGCAACCUGGUGCAAAUACUUCCCGUCCACUCUGAAAGGAGUUGCCUCAAAAUGGUUCGAGAAGCUGCCCGCGAGAACGAUCAAUACUUAUGCGGAGUUAGAGAUGUUGUUUUCUGCAAGAUUUAUGGCUUAUAAGGAGGAGAAGAAGACGAGCAUGCAUUUGGGCCGAAUACAGCAAGGGAAAGAUGAGUCCUUGCGAAGCUAUGUUCGACGUUUCAAUUUGGAGUCUGGACAGAUUCCAGACUUACCUAACGGUGUGGCCUUUGAUAAUUUCUUCAGGGGACUUAAGAAGGGGUCUUUUAAGUUUGACUUGGUUAAGAAAAGCGUUAGAACUAUGGCCGACGCUCUAGAUGAGGCCGAGUCCUUCAUUCAUGCCAGUGAAAUCUGCUCCGUCCCGAAAGAGUCCAAGGGAACAGAGACCGCUGACCAUCCGCAGCGAAAGGACAAAUCGGACAAAAAGACCAGCCGUCCGAAUGGAACAUGGGCCAUUGAAAAGAGAGGUUAUCAGGCGACUCAGUCUCAAGGACUGAAGAGAGGAAGUCCCUAUGAUAAAGAAAGAUUCGAGUACAACACUGACCUAUACACAAUACUGCUGGAUGUCAGCGAUAGAUAUGAGAUUGACCGUCCGUUUCCCAUGAAGUCGCCGGUGGAAACUAGGGACAACUCUCUUUAUUGUAAGUUCCACUGUGAUGUAGGACACGAAACAAAAGAUUGCAAGAGUUUGCGAAGGGCUCUUGAUGGGUUAGCUGCCAAAGGGUUCUUGAAGUCGUAUCUCAGUUCAAGUGCAGGAGGAAGUGGUAAGAAAUUCUACAAGAAAAGCAAGUCACCGUCAUACCGCCGUGACGGCAAUGAUACUGAUCCAGAAAUUGUGGCCGUCAUUUCUGGGGGUCUGGCCGCUGGUGGCCCAACAAUGAGAGGUCAAAAGGACUAUGCAAGCCGAUUGGGACAGGUCAUGUUGUCUGGAAAAGCCCCAAUGGACCACUUCCCUAAAGUGGAGAUUUGUGAAUCAGACAGGGGCAAGAUCGCCACUCCGCACGACGAUCCCCUGAUUAUUGAAUUGAAGGUAGCAAACCUCAAGGUAAGGCGCAUAUUAGUAGAUACGGGGAGUUCGUCUGACAUUAUCAGCACAGCUUGUCUAAAUCGUCUUGAGCAUGACCCCAAGACCAUUGAAAAGAUGCAUUACCCGAUCAUUGGAUUCAGAGGCGGCAUAAUUCAUCCCCAAGGGAUAAUCACUUUGCCCCUACGAGUGGGAGGUCGGCAUCAGAGCAGGAACCUGAACGUCCAAUUUCUAAUUGUGAAAGACCUCACAGCCUAUAAUAUCAUAUUAGGGCGUCCAACUUUAAACCAGGCCAAAGCGGUGGUCGUCACUCAUCUUAUGUUUAUGAAAUAUGUUUGCGAUAAAGGCCAGGUCGGCACUAUUCAUGGUGAUCAACAGCUAGCAAGAGACUUUUAUCUCACUAAGCUAAGCCCCGAGGCUUGGGGAAAAACCGACGAAGCACGAACAAGCUCUAAAAGAAAGCUAGAUGAGAUAGAGGAGAACGCCAAGAAAGAAACCUUCACCAUUGCCACUGCGCACAUGGAAGCCAGACGACCUGAGCCGGUUGGUGGACAUUAUGAAAUCAUCCUCGAUGAAGCACGUCCAGAUAGGACGGUGACAGUAGGGGUCUCUCCUGACGACCAGCUUGGGGCACAUUUGGUUACUCUCCUGAGGGAAUUCCAAGACAUUUUUGCCUUUGCUGUGGAAGAAAUGCCGGGCAUCGAUCCAAGCAUAGCCGUCCACAAACUCAAUGUAGACGAGUCUUUAAAACCUGUUCGUCAGAAGAAGAGAAAUCAUGGGGAAGCAAGAAACAAAGCCGCAGCGGAAGAAGUUCAGAAGUUGUUAGAGGCUGGGUUCAUUCGGCCAAGUCAAUAUCCAGAUUGGGUGGCAAACGUAGUGUUGGUGCCAAAACCCAACAAAUCCUGGAGAAUGUGUGUGGAUUAUACAGAUUUAAACAAGGCUUGCCCAAAAGACAGCUUCCCUUUGCCCAAGAUAGACCGGCUGGUAGAUUCAACGGCAGGUCAUGCUUUGAUGUCCUUCAUGGAUGCAUACUCGGGUUUUCACCAAAUUCCCUUGUGGCCAGAUGAUCAAGAGAAAACGUCAUUUGUUACUGAGCAAGGCCACUAUUGCUACAAAGUGAUGCCAUUCGGCUUAAAGAAUGGGUCGGCCACAUUUCAACGUCUGGUCAACACUGUCUUCUCUGGUCAGUUAGGGCGCAAUAUUGAAGCCUACAUUGAUGAUAUGAUAGUAAAAAGCAAACAACGUGAAGAACACUUGGCUGACCUAAGAGAAACUUUUGAGACGCUCCGAAAAUACCGGAUGAGGUUGAAUCCAAAGAAGUGUGUUUUUGGGGUAACGGCUGGAAAGUUCUUGGGAUUUCUCAUUGAUGAAAGGGGUAUCGAGGCCAAUCCUGACAAAGUACAAGCAGUAAUAGAUAUGACGUCGCCAAAAUCAGUCAAGGAAGUCCAACGCCUGACGGGGUGUCUAGCAGCCCUAGGGCGGUUUUUAUCAAGGGCAGGUGACAAGUGUCAUUACUUCUUCGGCACAAUCAAGAAAAAGAGCAGAUUUGAAUGGACUAAGGCGGCAAAAACUGCCUUCGUCCGAUUAAAGGAACACCUCCACACCUUACCUCGGCUUGUCAGUCCUCUCAAGGGGGAAACUUUGUAUGUAUAUUUGGCCAUUUCCGAGUGGUCCUUAAGUGCUGGCUUGCUGACUGAAAAGGAAGGAGUGCAACUCCCCGUCUAUUUUGUGAGCCAUGUCCUGCAGAACGCUGAAUUAAGAUAUUCCCCAAUUGAGAAGUUCGCACUUGCGCUGUUUAUGGCCAGCAAGAAGUUGCGCCCUUAUUUUCUGGCACACAAAUUAGUGGUAUACACAGACCAACCCUUGAAACAACCCCUUACUAAACUAGACGCUGCUGGGCGAAUGCUGAAAUGGGCAAUUGAGCUAAAUGCAUUUGAUAUCUCAUAUGAGCCUCGAAAAGCUAUCAAGGGACAAGCAUUUGCUGAUUUUAUUGCAGAAAUGACGAGGCCGAAUUUUGAAAAGAAUGUGGCGACUCGCUGGACAGUCUACGUAGAUGGCUCGUCAACCCAGAACGGAUGUGGAGCCGGCAUAAUAUGUCAGUCUCCUGAGGGAGACAAGUAUGAAUAUGCCAUGAGAUUCAACUUCCAAACGUCCAACAAUGAAGCAGAAUAUGAGGCUUUAUUAGCCGGUAUAAAAAUGUGCAAAGCCGCUGGAGCUCAAGAGAUACUUGCCUUCUCUGACUCUCAGCUCAUUGUGAGCCAAGUGAAUGGGGACUAUGAGCCAAGGGACCCUAACAUGAUCAAAUAUAUGCAGGCUGUGCAUCAAGAAGUAGAACAUCUAAAGAGCUUCGAAGCUAAGCAGAUUCCCAGAACGGAGAACAAUCAGGCCGAUGCCCUGUCGAAACUGGCUAGCUCGGCUUCCUGUGAUACUCCGCGUCACGUGUUUUGGGAAGUAAAGGAUAAGCGAAGUAUUGAACAGGAAUUGUGCGCUUCUAUAGUAGCUGUCCUGGAUCGGUCAUCAACAUGGAUGAACCCUAUCAUUGCUUACAAAAUGGACGGUACUCUUCCAGACGAUUCAAGUUUGGCUGCCAAAAUACAAAAAAAGAGUUCUUGGUUUGAAUGGUGGAAUGGAGUUUUGUACAAAAAGUCAUUUUCCAGACCUCUCCUGCGGUGCGUCACUCCCGAGAAAGGAAAGGAAAUUCUAGACGAUUUGCACCAAGGAUUAUGUAGUUCCCACAUUGGAGGACGAGUCCUAGCAGAGAAAGCUUUGCGAACUGGUUAUUAUUGGCCCACUUUGAGAGAAGACGCCCUAGUCAUGGUGCAAAAAUGUGACAAGUGCCAACGGUUUGCUCAUCUCAUCCACAGGCCGGCCCGCCCACUCACUCCUAUUAUGAGUCCCAUUCCGUUUGCCAAGUGGGGGAUGGAUCUGUUAGGGCCAUAUACAGCGGCCCCUAGAGGCCGGCGUUAUGUGAUAGUUGCUGUUGAUUACUUCACCAAGUGGGUUGAAGCAGAAGCUCUCAAAAACAUAAAGACAAGUGAUUUUGAGACGCCUAAACUGAAGGAGUGGUUAGCAGAUCACGGCAUACACAGCUGUUUUGCCUCAGUAGGACGACCUCAAGCCAAUGGCCAAGUCGAAGCAUUUAACAAAAUCAUCUCCGAGGGGAUAAAGAAGAAACUAGAUGAGGCCAAGGGUCUAUGGGCUGACGAGCUGCCAAACGUCUUGUGGUCCAUCCGCACCACUGCCAAAAACUCAACCGGCGAAACCCCAUUCCUGCUAGCCUAUGGUGCAGAGGCCGUGUUGCCCAUAGAAAUGUGUGAACCUACACUAAGAGUCAUGUUAUAUGACGAGAAUGCCAACUGGGAAAUGAUGAAGUUGGCCCUUGAUUUUUUACCUGAAGUGAGAGGAAAUGCAGCGUUGAGGCAACAACUGUACAAGAUAAGGAUGACAAUGGUCGCUAAUGGUCCUAAUGGAGUAGUAGUCUCUCUUGUAACCGGCUAA